ACAUACUUUAGAACAAAUGCAGGAAACGGAGACCGCCUUUGAUGCAAGAGUCACUUCACAACGAAAGAAAAUGCAACAUUUGAAAGUGAGUUGGAGCAAUGUAUUCUAACAAUUAACUGUAAAACGGUACAAAUGACGGAAAUGAGUAAAGUAAAUAAACAUUUAGAAAAGAAUGUAAAGGAAAAUGAUAGAAUAAUACGUAAACAAGGUGAACAAUUGAAUUGCACUUUGAAUAGACUGCAAGAAAUAGAAACUGAAUUUGUUGGAACAAAUAUCUCAUUAAAGAAGAAAGAACAGGAGCUUGAGCGUCUUGAUCAGAAAGUAAAAGAUCUGGAGGAAACGUUAACAAAGAUGAGGACGGAAAUUAAUGGUGGAAAUGAACGUCUCCUAAAUCAGGUGAAGGAAAAGGAUAAACAACUAUCUGAUCUGAGUGAUCAGCUGCACGAAGCUUUCGAACAAUUACAUGAAAACGAUAUUAAACAGGGUGAAACUAUAACCUCACUAAAGCAAGAAAACGUGCAUCUUGUGACACGAGUUAAUAGUAGUGAAAUGCAAGUGUACACUCUAGAGAAAAUGUUAGACAACACAAUUUCCGAAAUAACUGAUAUAAAUGAACGAUCUGCAAACAACGCUGCAAAUGAAAAUGAUGAUCAGAUAUCUGACAUGAAAGUUCAGCUGGACCAUACUUUAAAAUCAAUGCAUGACAAAAAGUCUGACUUGAAUGGCCUUAUCACAACACUGAAGAAAAAAUCUCGGGAAAGGAUGAUCAGAUGCUUGAAUUAA